GUCUGAGUGUGUGUACGCUCGCGCGACUGGUUUGUUCCUGGAGCUGGACUUCCGGCGUAGUUCUCCUCUUAGCCGUGGUUUUGGCGUUUCUGGGGUUUGUUUACCUAUCUGUAGGCUCCAGCCGAGGUGAGCCUUCUCGCAGGCGGAGCGCAGAGAGCUGCUUUGCGGUACCGAGGCCUGGCUGAGGCCCAGCGACUCCGCCCACGUGACCCGCGCCGGGCCUGGGGAAGAGACCUGAGCGACCAGGUCCUUGCUCCCGCUGCAGAGUCAGUCCAAUGGCCGCGGCCGCAUACAGGGACCCGGCACAGAUUCUCUUGACUUCAGAGCCAGUGAUGGGGUCAGGCCCGGGUCUGACCUUUGAGGAUGUGGCCAUUCACUUCUCCCAGGAAGAAUGGGUGCUUCUUGAUAAGGCCCAGAGGUUCCUAUACUGCAGUGUGAUGCUGGAGAACCUUGCACUUGUGGCAUCUCUGGGGUCCUGUUCUGGAAUGGGGAGUGAAGAGGUAAGCUCUGAGCACGAUGAGCCUAUAGAACGGGUGAUGUCUAAGCCAAGUCCCUCCACUCAGGAGACUCAUCACUUUGAGACUCCUGUUCCAGCUUUGGAAGGCAUUUCGCACCAGAAUGAAUUCCUAAGUGCACCCUCUGUGCAGACAUUGUACUUGGGCAGAACAGGCAUGCAAAGCUCCGGUUUGAAUGAAGACAUUAACCAACACCGGAAGAGUGACAGUGGAGAAAAGCACUCCGAAGGGGAUGCUAACAGGGCUUCAUUUAUGCCAAGUUGCAGACCCCGUGUGCUGACGAAGCCAUCCAUCUUUGGGGAGGAUGGGGAGAAGAUUCUUGCCUCCACAGGCUGUCUUCAGCAGCAGGCCGCCUGUAGUAGUGAGCAGCCUCACAGUAGCGGCAGGGGUGGGGAAGCACUUCUGAGUGGAGAAAAACUGAAGUACAGUGAUUGCCAAAAAAAUUCAGGGCACAAACAUACUCUUGUUCAGUGUCACAGUGUGUCGCCUGAAAAGGGGCCUCGUGAGGGUAGCAAGUAUGAGAAAGCCUUCUGCAAGUACAAACUAGCUCAGCACCAGGACAGUCACACGGGACAAAGGACAUGUGAGCAUAGUCAGCAUGAAAAAUCUUUUAGCAAAAAGUGUCACCUCAUUGCACAUGAUAGAAUAUGUCCUCAAGAAAGACCAUAUAAAUGCACUGAAUGUGGAAAAGCCUUUAUCUAUAAAUCCGAACUCGUUUAUCAUCAGAGACACCACAUUAAUAGAGUACAUUAUGAGUGUGUGGAAUGUAGGAAAUCCUUCACCUAUAAAUCUAACCUCACCGAACACCAGAGAAUCCACACCGGAGAGAGGCCUUAUCAGUGUGAUCAGUGCGGGAAAUCCUUCAGACAAAACUCUAGCCUCUUUAGACACCACCGAAUUCAUACUGGAGAAAGACCGUAUGCGUGCUACGAGUGUGGGAAAUCCUUUAGACAAAUUUUCAAUCUCAUUAGACAUAGGAGAGUCCACACGGGAGAAAUGCCUCAUCAGUGCAGCGACUGCGGGAAAGCCUUUAGCUCCAAAGCCGAACUCACUCAGCACGAGCGAAUUCACAGCGGGGAAAGGCCUUAUGAGUGUAGCGAGUGUGGCAAGCUCUUUAGGCAGUUCUCCAACCUCAUUCGCCACCGGAGAGUUCAUACUGGGGACAGGCCUUACAAGUGCGGUGACUGUGAGAAAUCCUUCAGUCGCAAGUUCAUCCUCAUCCAGCACCAAAGAGUUCACACUGGAGAAAGGCCUUAUAAGUGUGGGGAAUGUGGCACAUCCUUCACCCGGAAGUCUGACCUCAUCCAACACCAGAGAAUUCAUACUGGCACAAGACCGUAUGAGUGUGAAGAGUGUGGGAAGUCGUUUAGGCAGUGCUCUAGCCUCAUUCAGCACCGGAGAGUUCACACUGGAGAGAAGCCUUAUGAGUGUGUCGAGUGUGGGAAAGCCUUCAGUCAGAGUGCUAGCCUCAUUCAGCACCAGCGACUGCACACUGGAGAGAAGCCUUAUGAGUGUGUCGAGUGUGGGAAAGCCUUCAGUCAGAGUGCUAGCCUCAUUCAGCACCAGCGACUGCACACUGGAGAGAAGCCUUACGAGUGUAGUGAAUGUGGGAAGUCCUUUAGCCAAAGUGCUAGCCUAGUUCAACACCAGAGAAGCCACAGUGGAGAAAAGCCUUACGAGUGUAGCAAAUGUGGCAAACUCUUCACCCACAAGUCAGACCUCAUUCAGCACCAAAGGGUUCACACUGGGGAAAGGCCUUAUGAAUGCAGUGACUGUGAGAAAUCCUUUAGCCGUAGGUCUAAUCUUGUUCGACACCAGAGGGUUCACACCUGAGAAACUUCUUUAUCGUGUAGGAAAUGUGCUGCUUAGUGAGUUGGUGUAGUAACACUGGGGGAGACGAGCAGCCUUCUGAGUUUAAAGAUAAUUCAUGUGGCCUUCAAAGGGGGAAAACUUUGAGGAGCUUCAUUCCAGUUUCUAGUCUGCCAGGGCCAUAUCCUGACUUAUGCCAUUGGCAGCGUCUGCAGUAGAAACCCUGUCACAUUGCAACCUGGAAGAUUGACACGGUGGGGAUGGGUAUCCUUCCUGUGUGCUCAAGAGAUGCAAACUUCUGUACUCUGCUCUGGCCUUAGCCUUGGGAACCCCUUAUUUCCUUUCAGGGCAGGAAUCUUAUUUGGAAGGUAUGGUCUGAGUUGUGUUUUCAGCUUUGCUAAGAAACUUGUUCAGGGGAAGUUUGUUUUCAUACUGUGCUCGCUAUGAAUAUUUCCAGGUUUGAAUUGGCCAACUUGGGAAAUGCUUGCUGCCCAUAAUCUCUGACUUAUCUUUUUGAAUAGAUAGUUUGUUUAUGCAUCUUUAAUCUUGAAGGUUCUCUUCAUUCUGUGGCAUGACGUAUCAACUGACCCAUGAUGUCAGCACGAAGAGGUGGGCCAGUUCUGUAGAGAUCCUCACUUUCUGUGUUUCAAAGGGUACGAUACAGCUGCCAGAAGCAGCUGUGUAGAGCAAGGGUCUGAUGUUUGUGGCUGCUCCCGCUCUCAGCCAUGAGAGCAGGUAAAAUGGUGGAGUUUUUGUUCUUGGCUUACGGAAGGUGCUGUGAUUUUAGUGAGGUAAGAAGUCCUGAUGAAGAGAAUUCUGACAAUACCAGGCACUUUUAAAGCACGUCAACAAUUAAACUCUCUUUUCUGCUGGGAUGUCACACAAUUCCUGGCCUUGCUGAGGGUAAUUUCUUUGCAGGCCUUGCAAUGGAGCCAUUUGCUAUAUAUAGUGUGUUGACUAGUACGCAGGAGCAGUUUGUGAUUGGGACAGGAACUGAGUUAACAGAUACAGAAAUAAUCUCACAUUUCCCCUAUUGUACAUGUAUGUGUGUUGGUGUGCAUGUACAUGGCACAUGUGUGGCGGUCAGAAGGCAGCUUUGCAACAUGAUUCUGUGCUACCAUGUAGGCUCCAGGGAUUGAGUUCAGGUCAUCAGGAUUUGGGUAAGUGCUUUUACCUUCUGAGCCAUGUAUCUGGCGCUGGAACAGGCUUCUACUAAAGAUUCAUCUGUAGAUGUUCCAGUGACUUGUGUGAGUACAAUCCUCUAGAUCUCU